UAGAUAUGAUACUCCACUUCGGCCCAACCACGGUGUAAAUACGAUGCCUCCACUUCGGCCCAGAAGAGAGAGGGGUUUUUCAAUUUCGAAGUCCAUUCACGCGCAGCCUACGCGCGGCGACACGCCGUCACACCGUCUGACCGCACCGCCGACUGCACCAUCCGGCGCCGCCGCGGCGCGCUCGCGCGGGGGUGGGCACGAUGCGGGGGCUGGCGCGGGCGGGGAAGCGCGCCAGCGAGAUGGCGUUCAACGCCGGGGGAGGCGCCGUCAACUGGUUCCCCGGCCACAUGGCCGCCGCCUCGCGCGCCAUCCGCGACCGCCUCAAGCUCGCCGACCUCGUCCUCGAGGUCCGCGACGCCCGGAUUCCGUUGUCCUCAGCGAAUGAAGACCUUCAACCUGUGCUUGCAUCUAAGAGGCGUAUCCUUGCUCUAAACAAGAAAGAUCUAGCAAAUCCUAAUAUAAUGAAUAGGUGGCUUCAUCAUUUUGAAUCAUGUAAGCAGGAUUGCAUUUCGAUAAAUGCACAUAGCACCAGUUCUGUUAGUCAGCUUCUUGGGCUAGUGGAGUUCAAACUAAAGGAAGCAAUCUCAAAAGAGCCCACACUUCUUGUUAUGGUUGUUGGUGUUCCCAAUGUUGGCAAGUCUGCCCUCAUAAAUUCCAUUCAUAGAAUUGUCACUUCUCGUUUUCCAGUGCAAGAUAAGAACAAGCGAGCUACAGUAGGACCAUUGCCUGGUGUUACUCAAGAUAUUGCAGGAUAUAAGAUUUCAAGCCAGCCGAGCAUUUAUGUACUUGAUACACCAGGUGUUCUAGUACCAAGCAUUCCAGACAUGGAGACUGGUUUAAAGCUUGCUCUGACAGGAGCCGUCAAGGACUCUGUGGUUGGAGAGGAGCGUAUAGCGAAAUAUUUAUUGUCUCUUCUUAAUAUUAGAAAAACCCCUCUACAUUGGGAGCGACUAGUUUACCGAAGAGAACAAUUCAAUGAAGAUGCAUUCAAUAGUAAUGAAAAAGACUAUAGAGAUUCACCACGAAGGAGGAGGCGACCAAAUAACUCUGACGCCUUAUAUGUACAGGACAUGGUGAUGGAGGUCCAGAGAACACUUUGCAGUACAUUUAUGGACUUCGCGGACAACACUGAGGAUGAGAACGAGCUUGAAAGCCUGAUAGACUCACAGCUUGUCGCUCUUCGCAAGGUGUUCAGGAUACCUCACAAACCGUUUGAUGAAACGCAUGGUCCGGCCUCCAAGAAGUUGUUGACUCUUUUCAGAUCAGGGAAGCUUGGCCCUUUCAUCCUCGACGACCUUCCAGAUAAUCAGUAAAAGGCUGGGGUGCAUGGCGGAGCUUAGGACUUUAAUCCUGUGAGGUCAAUUACUAGUAAUUUGUAUUUAAGUGGAGUCAUUUCUCUAAAUUUUUUGAAUUUAUACAUGAAAAUCAAGGUUUGUAGGGUGUUUUUUAAAAAGCUGUGGGGUCAGCCGACCCCCACAGAAUAUGCCUGGAUCCGCCACCCGUGCAUGUAUGAAUUAUAUGUAUGUUUAUGAGCAGCUAAGGAUUUCUCCUGAUAGAGAUGGCUCGAUAUGAUAAUGAUAGAUGGUGAUGGGCGUCCCUCUAGGGAGCAGCUUUUUUUUUCUUUUUUAAUCCUCUUCCCUAAAAGUAAAGCAAGAUCCCUUCAGGCUUCAA